UUCAGUGAGUUGCAUAUGAGCCACCUGAGCGGUGUAGAAUAAAAUUUAAACGCGAAAUUCGGUUACAAUUGUUGUAAAUAUCAUUUAUGGCUGAGCGGCAGUCGCAGUGCUGUAGUUGAAGAAAGAAUUAUUUCUUAAGAAAAUACCAUAGCGCAGUCCCCAUUCAGAUUUCUUUCUUGUUUAUCAACAGUUUUUGUUUAUACAAAGUGCACUUUUCAAGCAGUUAACAGUGUAAUAAAUCUUCUCUGAAACUGAAAUACAAAUCCACAUAGUUGCAAAUAGGGAAUUCAUCCAUAGGAACUAACUUACUCUGAAUGAGCCCACAAGGUAUGGAGAAAAGCUAGUUUUACACGUUGUUGCGAACUUUAAUAAAAGAUAUGUGAUUGGUGACAAAAGACGCAAGUGGUUGGUGACAAAAUACACAAGUGCAUGAUCGGCACAUCAUAUGAAUAUAUGAAGAAAUUAAUGGAACAGUCUCAGAAUGAUAGAAAUAGAUGAUGUUCUUGAGAAAUGUGGCGACUUUCAUCGUUACCAGAUCAUCCUGCUGGCAUUUUUUUGCUUCAUCAACUUGUUAUCUUCGAUGCAUUACUAUUCGCAAACCAUCAUUAGUUUCGUUCCAGAGCAUUUUUGCUAUGAUCCACAAUUUGAAAAUUUUACAAUAUAUGACACCAAAGAGUAUUACAAUGUCCAUGGAAGUUCGGCAUGCACACUGAGGACAUACGAAGGCCUUUCCGAAAAUAUUACAUUUCAACCUUGCACCAAUUGGAUCUACAACCUGGACUAUGGAUAUCAAAGUAUGACAAGUGAGCUAAACUGGGUAUGUCAGUGGGCCUGGAAGUCAACAUUGGGACAAUCCAUGUUUUUUAUUGGUUCCGUUCUAGGAACACUCGUAUUCGGAAUAUACGCCGACAAAAUUGGAAGGCUGCCUAUUUUGAUUCUAUCGAACCUCACGGCGUUCGUUGGUAAUACGGCGACAAUAUUUGCAACGAGUGUUCCGGCGUUUGCAAUAUGCCGAUUUGUAUCGGGAUUAGCGACGGAUAGUAACUUCGUGAUGAUGUAUAUAUUAGUCAUGGAAUACAUUCGACCCUCAAUGCGUACCAUCGGCCUCAGCAUUUGCAUUGGAGUCUUCUACUGUCUCGGUUCGGCCAUCACACCCUGGAUAGCAGUUUACUGUGGAACUUGGAAAUUGUUCCUUCUAGUCACAGCUCUCCCACUGCUCACAGUUCCGCUCUUCUACUUCGUCCUGCCGGAAAGUGCUCAGUGGCUUAUUACACAGAAAAAGUACGAGAAAGCUGUGGAGUGCCUGCGAGCAGUCGCCAGAGUUAAUGGCAAAACAGUAGACGAACAAGUUUACGAGGAAUUUAAAGCGAAAUGCAUACAAAGCAUGGAAGCUCAGAGUAAAGCGGAGAAUAUGAUGGGAUUAUUCAGGACGCCCAGAUUAAGACGAAAUACGCUGAUAUUGUUCUUUAAAUCGAUGGUUAUAACACUGUGCUAUGAUGCGAUUUCCAGAAACGUAGAAGGUCUCGGGAUCACCCCUUUCACCAUGUUUUCGCUCAGUGCCACAGCCAUCUUUCCAGCUUGCAUCGUCCUCAUAUUACUCCAAGACAAAAUAGGACGAAAGGCAAUGGCUUCAGCUUCGCUUCUCGUAAGCGGCAUUUUCACCUCGGCCACAGGAAUUAUCCUAGUUUAUCGUAGUGCUGAUGCUGGUCCAGUAUUGGUUGCAUCCUUGGCAAUAAUUGGUCGCUUCGGGGUGACGGUUGCAUACAACUCAGCGGCUCAAUUUGCCACUGAACUCAUCCCAACAAGUGUGCGAGGGCAAGGCGUUGCUGCCGUCCAUGUCGCCGGAUACGCUUUCACUUUCUUCAGUUCAUACAUACUUUUCCUAUCGACGAUUUUCAAACCAUUACCAUCUUUAAUUUUGGGGAUGUUGUCAUUGAUGGGAGCCGGUUUGUGUUUGUUUUUGCCUGAGACGUUAAAUAGGACACUUCCAUGCACUUUAGCAGAUGGUGAACAGUUUGGGCGCGGCGAACCAGUAUUGUUCUUCUCCUGUUUUGAAAAGGGGAAAACCACGUCGACAACGUCACUGAAAGAUACCUAAAUUAUAAAUAAU